CGAUUGUCGACUUUGCCAUUGCACCCAUCACGCGCAAUCAUGGAUCCAAUGUCAAAUCUUUCGAUUAUACGGCUAUAUGAGAAUAUUGUUAGCUCAGGCGACACCAGAACAGACACUAAACGCUCUUCUGAUGUAUCGGCAGACAGCUCUAAUAAUGGUUUCAUGACACCCAGCAGCCUCACGGUAGAUUUGGUGCAUUAUAAGGAACUUUUUUCAAAAUUAAGAUUCUCGUAUCUGGAACAGGUUACGAAGGAGAAGUUCCUCCGUGCAAUCACAUCCGACAUCCCUCUCUUCGUAGAGCCGCAAGAGAACUCCCGGCUUGAACAGCAACUGGCGGAGGAGAAAAUAGCACUGAAGAAGCAAAAGGAAGAAGUUGAGAGGUUGGUCACGGAGCUUGAGACACAAGGCAAGGAGCUUGCAAGGCGGUACGAAGCAGUCCAGCUUCAAAAAACACGGCUGUCAGAGCUUCCUACUAAGAUAUCCGAGCUGGAAAGCCAGAUAUCUGCACUCCAAUCGUCACAUCCCUCUCCAGUCAAGAAUUCAAACCCGGAGCUCAAUCUCUCCCUCCCACAGACACUCUCCCUCCUAUCGGACCGCAAAUCGGAAGCUUCGGAUCUCGAAGCGCAGAUUAAAGCGCUGCAAGCCCAGAUUCCGCAAAAGCGAAGGGAGUUGGAAAAUGCGGAAGAUGAGCUGCAUCCCUUGAUGGGACAGAAGAAGACCGUCGUAGGACUCGCGAAGCAAGUAAGACAGAGAAGGGAAGAGGGCGGCAUAGAUGAGACGGAAGAACAAGGGCGAUGGUAUCGGGCUAGUGAGGCUGUCCUGGUAGAGAUGCUGGGCGUGAGCAGCUGAAGUUUUUUUUUUCUGCAUAAAGGGAAAUCAAGGCAAGGCUGAUGGCGUUAUCUUGGGGAUAGGGACCAGGAUUGUGAUACCAUGUGAUUUAUUGGAUCAAGAGAGAGAUUAUUCAUGCUGAAUGCAAGUGCGAUGAUUUUCGAA